AUGAUUUUUCCCGUCCUUUUUCAAGCGGAAACACCUCAAGGAUGCGUAGAUUUGGAUAAGUGUGCGAUUCCGACGGGAGACGAUGUUGCCAAGCAUAUGAGUUACGCUGGGACCAUAUCAACAACUCGAUCGGGAAGAAAAUGCCAACAGUGGCGGUCAAAUGAGCCACAUGCUCAUUAUUACCAUAAGUACAUAGUCAGACUUUAUGGAGAGGACGACCUAUGGCGAAACUAUUGCCGUAACCCGAAUGGCCGUGAUGGCGGGGCGUGGUGUUACACAACCGACCCGAAUGUGCCUUGGGAGUACUGUGAUAUCCCGGAUUGUCCUUGCGUUUCAUCACACCACCCAACAACGACAGAACUUCCUAUCUGCGAGUGUGCAUCUGGGCGCGGAAUUCAAACGGAAUACGUUGGCGCAAAAUCAGUAAGCGUUUCCGGUAAUCGGUGCAGAAAUUGGGUCGAUGUUGACGCUGCUCAUCAUUGGAAGUUCGAAGACAACUUUAUUGCCUUAUAUGGGGAGAAAACCUUUUACUGUAGCAUCGAACCAAUUCAAUUGUCAUAG